AUGGCUGCUUUCAAGGGUGUCUGGACUCAGGAGUUCUGGCGCUGCGUGGCGGCCGAGUUCUUCGCCAUGAUGCUCUUCGUCCUGUUCAGCCUCAGCUCAACCAUAAAGUGGGGUGCUGUGGGGCAGGAUGUCCAUCCUCCCAACCUGGUGCUCAUUUCACUUUGCUUUGGCCUGAGCAUCACCACCAUGGUGCAGUGCUUCGGACACAUCAGCGGCGCUCAUAUCAACCCGGCAGUUACACUAGCUAUGGUGGUGACCAGGAAGCUUAGUCUGGCCAAAGCAGUCUUCUACCUGCUGGCCCAGUGUGUAGGAGCAAUAGUGGGGGCAGCCAUCUUGUACGGCAUCACUCCGGCCUCAGUUAGGAGUGGCCUGGGGAUCACAGGGGUGAAUCCAAGCAUCUCUGUGGGAAACGCCCUGGUUGUAGAGCUCUUCAUCACCUUCCAGCUCGUCUUCACUGUGUUUGCAACCUGUGACCACAAACGUAAAGACCUGAAGGGUUCCUCUGCCUUGGCUAUUGGCCUAUCAGUGUGUAUCGGUCACCUGUUUGCUAUUCCCUACACUGGAGCCAGUAUGAAUCCUGCGCGAUCCUUCGGUCCAGCUAUGGUCACAUGGUCCUGGGAAAAUCACUGGGUGUACUGGGUGGGUCCACCUCUGGGUGGCGUUCUGGCUGCAGCCCUGUAUGAAUACCUGUUCUGUCCAGACCCGGAGCGGAGGAAACAUUUCUCAGAGACCUUCAACAAGACGCCCUUCGUUGCUACCAAGCAUCGGCAGGAUUCCGUCACAGCCCAGGAGCCUCUCGUCACUGUCAUGGAUGUGGAGAGAGCUGAGAGGAGAGACAGGGAGAGGGAGAGGGAAGUAUCAGGGGAGGUGUUGUCCUCUGUAUGA